UAUCAAUUAAUUAUCCCUUCAAAUCGAUUUUUUUUUUUUGUGUUUACUUUUUCGAAGUCUGUACCUAACAGUCGCAACCCAUCCAAACGGAGUAUAGAAAAAAAGGCUUACAAAAAUAAAUCAUUAAGAAGUUGGCUAUUUCAUUUUUCUAUUGUCCACAAGACACGAGAAUUCCCAAACGGAAAUCGUAGCUGUCAAACCAUUUCCUGGCCCUAUUUAUUUAGUUCGCAAUAGGCUUGUCACUUUACAUUCUUCAACAACGAAAAUCAAGCAUUGACUUAUUUACAUUACAAAGAAAAAUUAUAAUAAUUCACUUUGCUUGAAAGUAUUGUUUUUUAGGAAUAGAGACCGCAAGCAAGUCAGUUUGUUAAGAAUGUUUAUUAACGAUGCUUAAUUGUAUAAUACGGUAUUCAUCCAAAACUCGGAUUCUACGCGUCAAUAAAUUCAGUUCAAUUGAUACAGCUAGACAGAUGUAACUCUGUGCCCAUUUCAAUUGCAAUGACAAAUGAGAGACAAAACACACCUUUUGAGAACUCUCAAGCUGAUACAAUCCGUAUAUUAAUCGCCUCAGAUAAUCAUGUAGGAUAUGCUGAAAAGGAUCCGGUACGAGGGAAUGAUUCAUUCGUAUCAUUUGAUGAGAUCCUUAAAAUUGCUCGUGAAAAGGAGGUUGAUAUGGUGCUUUUGGGAGGAGACAUAUUUCAUGACAACAAGCCUUCAAGGAAGGCUUUUUACCAGGCCUUGCGAUCUCUGAGGCUAAAUUGUUUAGGAGACAAACCAUGUGAGCUUGAGUUGUUGAGCGAUACUUCUGUGACAACUGGUGAUACCACCAUAUGCAAUGUAAACUACGAGGAUCCCAAUAUAAAUGUUGCGAUACCAGUGUUUUCAAUCCAUGGGAAUCACGACGAUCCUUCUGGAGAUGGAAGAUAUAGUGCACUAGACAUAUUGCACGUCACUGGACUCGUCAAUUACUUUGGACGUGUCCCGGAAAACGACAAUAUUUCUAUCAGUCCAAUUCUUUUACAAAAGGGAUCUACAAAACUUGCUUUGUACGGAUUAUCUAACGUUCGAGAUCAACGCUUGUAUCAUUCUUUCUGUGAAAAUAAAGUAAAAUUCUUACGGCCUGACUUGUAUCGUGACGAAUGGUUCAACUUGCUAGUGGUCCAUCAAAAUCACGCAGCACAUACUGAAACAAGUUACUUGCCUGAAAGUUUUAUUCAAGACUUUUACGAUUUCGUCUUGUGGGGACACGAGCAUGAAUGCAUUAUUGACGGAACCUAUAAUCCAACACAAAAAUUUACGGUCGUUCAACCUGGGUCUUCGGUGGCGACAUCUCUGAGCCCAGGUGAAACUGUACCCAAACAUUGCGGCAUUUUGCAUGUUACCGGAAGAGAUUUCUUCAUGGAGAAGAUUCGUCUUCGCACAGUCCGCCCUUUUGUCAUGAGAGACAUCGUAUUAUCGGAAGUUCAAAGCAUUCCUCCUAUGGUUGACAAUAAGCGAGAAGUACUCACAUAUCUCAUUAGUCAAGUGGAAGAGGCUAUAGAGGAAGCAAACCAACAGUGGUUGGAAGCUCAAGGAGGUCAAGAUAAUGUUCAAGAUAAGAAACCUCCUUUACCUUUAAUUCGACUAAGGGUUGAUUAUACUGGUGGUUAUCAAACUGAAAAUCCCCAAAGAUUUUCAAACCGGUUUGUUGGAAGAGUUGCCAAUGCCACGGACGUGGUUCUAUUCCACCUUAAAAGAAAAUAUACGAGAACCAAGAAGAACAACGAGGUCGUGGACAAUGUUGGUGAAGAUAUUAAAAUCAAUGCCUUGAGAGUCGAGUCUUUGGUCAACGAAUAUUUGAAAAAGAAUCAGCUAGAGUGUUUACCUGGAAAUGUUCUUGGUGAAGCUGUGAUCAAUUUCGUGGAAAAGGAUGACAAAGAUGCCAUCAAAGAGUGCGUAGAAGAUCAUUUGAGUAAGCAAAUCAAUUUGCUGGUAAAAAAGCGUGUUACCGAAGAGAAUUUAGAAGAAGAAAUAAAAACCCUGGUGAACAAUAUUCCUCAGCUCUCAACUACAAAACGAAAAGAAUACGAUUCAAUGCCUACGCCCGCAUCAACUAGUUUUCGGGUAACAUCACCAGACUCAGACUUUGAUGAUGACAGGCCACUUCUUUCCGCGAACCGCCUAGAUGAAAAUGAAGAGAAGGACGAUUUUCAAUCACUCACACAGGCCGAACCGCCUAAACAAUCAUCGAAGACGACGAAAACACGCGCUCUCCCCGGUAGUAUGUACCAAAAACCGGCAAACACAAAGAAGCCAUCAUUGAAAAGCAGCGGUCCGAAGAAAACAAGUGGACGCACUCAAGGAAAACGCACUGACAAGCCCGCAGAGAAAAGCACGCAACUGAUGUUACAGGAUUCGUUUAGCUCUUCACAGAAGCCGGCUAGUCAAUACUUGGAUGAUGAUGAUGAAAUUCUGGAUGAUUAAGAAAGUAGACCGUCUCAUUAGAUGCACGCGAGAAGUCGAAUUUACAGUUUACGAGAUGAAGUAAUGAAUGAACGACGCAUAUGGAUUACAUGGAUCUAUAUAUUGUUACGACUAAAUUUAGCAAACCUAUCUUUCAUCUUUAUUGUGUAUAUUCUCUACCUCAUAUUGGGGAACGUGCCGAAGAAUGAAUCCAUGGUUCAAAAGUGUUCAACAAGAGCGAAUUGACCGUGUGACUGCUUUACUCAAUAGGGUCAAAAGGACACGGGAUUUCAUCUUAUAAAGUCCAUAAUUUUCAGCAGUUGAAAAGGAAAAUAUUUUGCUAAAGGAUAUUUAUAGAAUAGAAAGAGGUUAAAACAAGCUUGCGUACGAAAAAUCAAUAAUUAUUUAGAGGAUUUCCAACGGUUUAUUUAACUCUUGUUGUUUCUUUU